UCUAAGAAUCAUACUUUCAUGUGAAUUUUGUAGUAAAAAUCAAUUGAACCAGUUUUUUCUAUUUUAUAAAAUUUUUAAUGAUUUAUUUAAUCAAAUUGGAUGAUCUGGUUGAAUCUUGAACCGAUAUUUUUAACUAAUUUGAUGGUAAAGAAGUAAAGCAUUUCUUGUGGGAAAAUCCAAAGUUUAUGCAAAUACCAGCUCAUCUGGUCUGAAGCUCCAAAUAAAGUAACAAAUCCCUGUGCUGUUCAACUUGUCAAAAGUUUUUUUGUUGGUUAAAAUCAGUAAAAAAGAGAUUGACAUAAAGGUCUAAUACAGAAAGUGGAAGAAAAAGAAGAAAAAAACAUGGUGGUUUCUUCCACGUGUCAAAGGCCCAAACUUGCUCCAUGAAGAGAACCUCCAGCCUGCUUUCUUACAAGCCUUAAACAUUCCUUGAGAUUUGCUAAACAUAGGAUUAAAAAUAUAUUCUCAUUUAUUUUUAAUAGAUUUCUUCUAAAAAAAGGGGGAUGGAUUAAGGAUGAUGAAAUGGGAGGGAACCUACUUUUAGGCACAAGGAGAUUAUCUGUCAGAAAUACUAAAUGGAUAUUAGAGAAAGCUCAGAGAAUAAUGGCAACCCUCUACUCCAUUUCUCAUAUUUCUCAUUAUUCUCUCUAUAUCUUUGUCAUUUGUUGCCAUUCUUUUGGCUUCUAAGGUCUCCCUGGUUCUGAUCCAUCUCAAAAACCAUGGGGGACAGAAUAGAAGCAUCUGUUCCUACAUGUGCUGAAAGUUCCGAUAAAACUGGCACCGAAAAGAAGAAAUGGGAGCCUCUUCGUUUUAUAAGGAGAAAACCUCGAACUUCUUUCUCCGACUCAGUUACAUCUAUUGACUUGACAUCUUUAGGCGCCGAAUUGAAGAGAAUCGAUGCACUGUCUCCAAAAGGUGAUCUUCAAGAUUGCUCAAGGACUGCAGAACCUCUAGAACUAACAAAUGAAGCAUCAGAAGAAUCUAGCUCCGCAACGGACUCUGAAGGCCAACUGAGUUUGACUGGUCUUGUUCAUCUGCGCGGCUUCUUUCGUUUACUGAAAAAAGGACCCGGAAUCCCUUCUCAAGUAUUGCCUCCUCUAAUACCUAAGCUUCCGUUAAAGAGGGGCAAAAAAGGCGGAGAAGACACGGUUCCACUAGAUUCCGCUCUGGAUGCAGAAUUACGCUGUUUAAAAUCUUCCUGGAAGAACUUUUCACUCUCAGAGCUUCAGGAAGCAACCAAUAACUUCAGCCAUGAAAAUUUGAUAGGUCAAGGAGGGUAUGCAGAAGUUUACAAAGGGCAAUUGAAAGACAGGAAGUUUGUUGCAAUUAAGCGGCUAAUGAAAGGUUCACCGGAAGAGAUGAUCGAGGAUUUCUUGUCUGAGCUUGGAAUUAUGGUUCAUCUGGACCAUCCCAAUAUUGCUAAAAUGAUUGGUUAUGGGGUUGAAGGGGGCAUGUACCUUGUUCUUCAAUUGUCUCCCCAUGGAAGCCUGUCAUCGUUACUUUACGGCCCCAAGGAGAAACUGACUUGGAGCAUCAGAUUCAAGAUUGCUGUCGGGACUGCCGAAGGCCUUAGCUAUCUUCAUGAAGGUUGCCAGCGGAGAAUUAUCCAUAAAGAUAUCAAGGCAGCAAACGUAUUGCUUUCCGAGAACUUUGAUGCUCAGAUUUCUGAUUUUGGCCUUUCAAAGUGGUUACCCGAUAAUUGGACACAUCAUACCGUCUACAAAGUCGAAGGCACAUUUGGUUACCUUGCUCCUGAGCUUUUCAUGCACGGCAUAGUCGAUGAAAAAACAGAUGUCUAUGCUUUCGGCGUACUACUGUUGGAACUCAUCACCGGGAGGCGAGCUGUCGAUAGUUCACAAAAAAGCCUUGUUAUCUUGGCAAAACCAUUGAUUGCAGAAAAUAAGAUCAACGAGCUCGUUGAUCCAGCUCUCGGGAAUAACUAUGACCUGGACCAGUUAAAAUGUGCCAUUGCAACAGCUUCUAUUUGUAUAAAUCAGUCAUCGAUGGAUCGACCCCAAAUGAGUCAGGUUGUAGGCAUGCUUAAAGGUGAUCCUAAAUGCCUUGAGAUGCUGAAAGAACAAGAAAAGUGCCCUCAUCGGAGGACUUUCUCCGACGAGAUCUUUCAUACAGAAGAAUACAAUUCAACUAACUGUUUGAAUGGUCAAAAUUCUCAGAAUGACAAAGUUUCAUAAUGUUUUUUUUUUUUUGUUAAAUAUAUAUUCUGAAAUUUGGUUCUUCUCCAAGAAUUAUUUUUUUCCAAA